AUGAUGACUACACAUGGCAAAAUGUUAAUUAUAACAUCAGAUGAAGAUUUAAUUCGUCAAGCAUUUCAAAAGAAAAAUACAAAUACACAAGUUAUUCAGUUGGACAAUAACAAACCAAUCACAUCAAUAAACAAUAAUGAUAAUAACUAUAUGAAUAAUAUAGAUUUUCUUAAAGAAUUAUCUGAACUUAAUUCUAAAAAUGAUCAAAUAUUCAAACGAGCUCUUGAUUCACCUCAUCAUAAUCAAUCAAAACAAGUUAAACUAUCAAAAAAAUCACUUAAUUUAAAUUGUGCUAUUUGUGGUGAUCAUGCUAUUGGCUUUAACUAUGAUGUUCUUUCUUGUGCUUCAUGUAAAGCAUUUUUCCUUCGAAAUGCUAAUCUAAAUUCAAGAAGACUACGAUGUGUAACAGGGGAAGGAAAAUGUUCAGUUACUCAUGAAAUGCAGCGAAAAUGUCCACGAUGUCGAUUAGAUCGUUGUUUAAAUGUUGGAAUGAGAAAAGAUUAUCUUCUUACGGAAGAGGAAAAACAACGAAGAAAAAAACCUAUAAAAGAUAAACGAACUAUUUCAUCAACACGUUCUUCAACAGCUGAAUUUAUAAAUUCAGCAUCAACACAAUAUUUACCAGUUUCAGAAGAUGUUCCUCAAAUACUCAAUGAUACUGACCGUUUACUUGUGGAUAUUGAUCAAGUCGAUAAAAAUAUGUUUGAUAACAGAAAUUUUGAUUUAAAUCAAGUAAAAGAUGUUUUAUUGGAAACCUUAUCUGUUGAAGAUUGGAUAUCAAUCGAAAAUGUUCGAACAGCAUUUUUGUCGGUCUUCGAAAAUGCACAUGCCGAUUGUGCGUGUAAUAAUAUAUCUGAUCGUACAAAUGCCCUUAUCUCUUGGUCACAAUUUGUUAGUAAAAUUUCUCUUAAUUUAAUAAAAUAUUUUCGUCAAAUUGAUGAAUUUGAAAAUUUACAUAAUGAUGAUCGUUUUCUUUUAAUUAAAUAUAAUCUUCAUUCAAUUUUACCCAUAUUUAAAUGUUUUAUUUAUAAACCAAAUAAUGAUUGUUGUUCUUUUGAUAAUAAUGCAGCAGCUGAUAAACAACGUAGAUUUUUUAUGUUAUUCGGUGAUUCUUAUGGUAUUCGUAAUGGCUUCAUAAAUUUAGUUCAUUCACUUGUUAAAUUAACUGGUCAAGAUCCAACAUUAUUAUCUCUUCUUAUGUUAAUUGUACUUUUUACUCCAGGGUUAUCAAUGAAUAUUGAAGAACCACUGUUAAAAGAUCCAUUAGCUGUUCAUCGAGCUCAAAACAAUUAUACCCAACUACUUUGGAAUUAUUUGAUUAGUAAACAAGGUGAAAGUCAAGCAUGUAAACAUUUUAUUCAAUUACUAUCUGCAAUGUUUCAAAUACGAUCAGUAUCGAAAAACUCUCAAGAAUUUAUUCGUUAUCAAAUGAUAUCAUCCAAUGUAGUUGAUCAAAUUGCACCAGUUAUGCAAUCUGUUCUUCAUAUUUCUUAG